GGCCCCGUCCCCUCGGCAAGGCGGAGGAGCGUCGACCAGGACCGCGAGGAACCUCUUGGGGUGGAUGUGGCAGCCGGCUUUCCCCCGGCGCUUUAAGUGCUCUCGUGAUGGCGACGGCUCCAGUCGCAGAAGAGGUAAGUGUCGCUCCGGUUCCUGUGUCCGAGGCCGAAGGCAGUGGCGAGUCUCCUGAAGUGGAAGGUGGAGGAGUCGGAACAACGGGAGAAGAGAAGGGCGCAGCCAUUACGGGAGCGGAGGUCUUCGUGGACAGCGAGGAAGACGGCGAGGAUGUGUUCGAGGUGGAGAGGAUCAUGGACAUGAAGACCGAGGGGGGUAAAGUCCUUUACAAAGUUCGAUGGAAAGGAUAUACAUCAGAUGAUGACACCUGGGAGCCUGAGGUUCACCUUGAGGACUGUAAAGAAGUUCUGCUUGAAUUUAGGAAGAAAGUUGCAGAUAUCAAAGCUAAACCAGUCAAGAAGGAUAUUCAGAGACUGUCCUUAAAUAAUGACAUAUUUGAGGCAAACUCUGAUAGUGACCAGCAAAGUGAGACAAAAGAAGAUACUUCCCCAAAGAAGAAAAAGAAAAAAUUAAGGCACAGAGAGGAGAAAAGUCCAGAUGAUCUGAAAAAGAAAAAAACAAAGACUGGGAAACUAAAAGAUAAAUCCAAACCAGACCUGGAGUACUCUGAAAGCUUAGUUUUUGACUUAAGAACAAAGAAAAGAAUUUCGGAAGCCAAAGAAGAAUUACAGGAAUCAAAAAAGCCCAAAAAGGAUGAUAUAAAAGAAACUAAGGAGUUAAAAAAAGUUAAAAAGGGUGAAAUAAGAGAUUUAAAAACUAAAAUAAGAGAAGAUUCCAAAGAAAACAGAAAAACAAAAAAAGAGAAAUGCACUGAAUCUCAGUUGGAAUCUGAAUCAAGUGUGCUUAAUGAUUCCCUUUCUCAAGUUGAUGAAAAUGAAGAUUUACAUACUGACAACAGAGAAGAGAAACAAAAGAUUAAAAAUGCAAAAGAUAAAUCAGAGCAAGAUGUACUUCAAGAUACUGCUUUUGAUAAAUACCUAGAUAGCACUGUAAGUGCUGAUGAGGAUGCUGAUCCCAAAACAAAGAGGAAAAAAAAGAAACUACGGAAGAUUGAGGAACAAAAAGAGAGCAAAAAGCUAGAAAACAAGAACAUUUUAUUAGAGAAGAGAAACAUACAUAAAAAGCAAAGGAAUCAAGACAAAGGCAAAAGUAACACAGAGCUAGAUAAAUUGACACCUGUGUCUACCCAAACACAAAAAAGUUCAAAAUUGAGUGGUGAAGAGAGAAGCCUUAGGUCCACUGAUUCAACUGGGGAGGAGAAAGAGACCAAAAAAAGUGAACCCAAAGAUAAAUACCAGAAAAGGCAUGAUUCCGACAAGGAAGAAAAAGGCAGAAAAGAGACAAAAGGAUUAAAGACAUUUAAGGAAAUUAGAAGUCCACUUGAUUUAUUUAAAUUAAUUCCAGAAGAAAAAAAUGAUUUUCCUGAGAUUAAUCGGAAAAGGGAAGAAAUACCACAGGAUUAUAAAAUCACAGAAGAUCACAGAAUCAAGGAAAACAAGCAGUUACUUAAAGAAAGAAGAAAUACAAGAGAUGAAACUGAUACCUGGGCGUAUAUAGCUGCAGAAGGUGAUCAGGAAGUUCUAGACAAUGUGUGUCAAACAGAAGAGAAUUCUGAUGGCAAGCAGCAGAUCUUGAGCUUAGGCAUGGACUUGCAGCUGGAGUGGAUGAAACUGGAAGAUUUCCAAAAGCAUCUUGCUGGGGAAGAUGAGAGUUUUGCUACAGCAGACGCAAUUCCAAAUAAUUUAUUGAGGGAUGCUGUGAAAAAUGGGGAUUAUAUUACCGUAAAGGUUGCCCUGAAUUCAAACGAAGACUAUAACUUGGACCAAGAGGAUUCAAGUGGGAUGACCCUUGUGAUGCUCGCUGCGGCAGGGGGGCAAGAUGACUUGCUUAGGCUCCUCAUCAGAAAAGGAGCAAAAGUUAAUGGCAGACAGAAGAACGGAACCACGGCACUAAUCCAUGCAGCGGAGAAGAACUUUUUAACUACAGUGGCUAUCCUUUUGGAAGCAGGAGCUUUUGUCAAUGUCCAGCAGAACAGUGGUGAGACAGCUUUAAUGAAGGCUUGUAAAAGAGGAAAUUCAGAUAUUGUCCGACUGGUCAUUGAAUGUGGAGCUGACUGUAAUAUUUUGUCAAAGCACCAGAAUAGCGCACUGCAUUUUGCUAAGCAGAGUAACAAUGUGUUGGUGUAUGAUUUGCUUAAGAAUCACUUAGAAACACUUUCAAGAGUAACAGAACAGACGAUAAAGGAGUACUUCGAAGAGCGUCUUACUCUGCUAGAACCAGUUUUUCCGAUAGCUUGUCAUCGUCUCUGUGAGGGGCCAGAUUUUUCAACAGAUUUCAAUUAUAAACCACCACAGAACAUACCAGAAGGCUCUGGUAUCCUGCUGUUCAUUUUUCACGCAAACUUUGUGGGUAAAGAAGUCAUUGCCCGGCUCUGUGGACCAUGCAGUGUACAAGCUGUAGUUUUAAAUGACAAAUUUCAACUUCCUGUUUUUCUGGAUAGUCAUUUUGUUUAUUCGUUCAGUCCUGUUGCAGGCAUCAAUAAACUCUUUAUGAGGUUGACAGAAGCACCCUCUGCUAAGGUUAAGUUGCUAAUUGGUGCAUAUAGAGUGCAGCUGCAGUGACCAAACAGGAUUAUGAUGGAGUUAUUUUCAGAGCAAUUUCUAAGUACUCUUUUGGAAGCAGUUUGGCACAUCUAACAGUCAUAUGGAAAGAGUCAUGUGUAAGCCUCUUGAAUUCUAAGGCCUGUCAUUGUAGAAUAUAAAAUGGUACAGAGUUCUGAUAUAUUGUAAAUAUAGAUGGACGUUUUUGUGCCAGUAUUCUGAAAUCUAAUGUUUUGGUGUUCAGACUGCCUAUUUCAGUUUUUCCACAAUGUGGAAAGAUUAAAAAGAUUAAAGAGAAUCUUUGUUUUGUAUCUUGAAGUUUUCUACUGAAGUGUAAAGAUUCUGUUUCCUUACAGCAAGGGAGGUAUGUUACAUUCAGAUUACCAAGGUUGUAAACUUGCUGCUCUUGAAGUAGACUUAACUUGGGGAAGAAGAAGGUAAUUAUGAUCUGUUUCUUAUAUACAGCUGCCACAGAUCCUGAGCAAAAAAAUUUGCCUAUCCAAAGGUAGGCAGAUAACAAAAUUGCAGCAGUUUAUUAAUUGGAAACAUUUAUCCCUUGUUUUUGGACUCCAUCAAGUAAAAGUGAAAAGGCAGAUCCUGUGCCCUUACUUUGAAAAAAAUCUGAAAGGCUUUUAACUCCAGCCAUACCUUGCUGUGCUGGUUACUCUUGUCUCUGUGUGAAAUUAUUGCCCACAAGUGUAUAUAACUUCUUCAUUCUUUUAAGAAAUAUUUUGCAAACACUUAAGAUUUUUCCUACAGCUUACUCAAUAAAACACCACAAUGGUGAUCUUUUUCUUCCCAUUGUAUCUGGAGUCUCAUGACUUAUAACAAGGUAGACACCUAAAAAUAUAUUUUUCUAUAUAGAUGGCAAUUGGGAUUGGGCUUUUUCAACUAAUGUAUCAUGUACUAGUACUGAAUCUGACUUCAUUGCUUUCUGGAAGAAAAGAAGUUAAGAGACAUGAGUUAGCAACAGUGCAGAGACAGGGGCACUAGGGGAGACAAUAGUACCCCUGGUCAAUUACACAUAAAAUUUGGUUUAUCUCAGAAUCAUGCCCAGAAUAGGACCAGCCUUACAGGAAUGUGCUAAAGGAUAACACACAUUAGACAAGGAGCGAUGAUAAAGAUAUAAACCCGAGAGAGAGCCUAACCAUUUCUUUAGGAGUAUACUUUGAGAGAUAGGAAAUCAGCAAGUAUGAGACUGGAGGAAGAAAGGUGAACAAAAAGGUGAACUUGUAAAAGUGUGCCAAGUUGGUUGGACUGAAGGAGAAUUAGGAAAGAAAAAUGUGAGAAUAUGUGAUAACUUGGGGUAGAGCGGUCUAGAGCUCAACUUUUACCAGUUUUGUGCCAGGCGUGCUAGUAAUCUUACAUUUAGGUACCUUCCAGGAUUACAGUUGUCAGCCACAUCGCUCUAAACAACUUUAUAGCCAGAUAAAAGAUACACCUGGAUUCUCCACAGUCCUCACAUGGAUACUCAUGUACCCCCUUUAAUUAAUUUCCUUGGGGCAAAAGUCAUGUGAUUUCUCUCACAACAAUGACAAAUUUCUAUUAUGAGUUCCUUACCAGAGUCCUAAAGGACUGACCCAAAAUUGAGAGCUGCACAGAAAUAAUAAAAAUCCCUCUAAUGACUACCAGUUACAGGGAGUUGAAAAGGGUAUUGUUCAGCUGAAUUUGUGGGCUCCUAACAUAAUACCUUCCGACAUUAACUAGCAAGAACACCACUGCACCAAGGGAUGGCUAAUAUCAUACUUCAAAAAUUUACUUUUUAAAAAAAAAGGAAAAUAGAAACUUAAAUUUGCACUAUUCCAGAAAUUUUAAUGACAAAAAAUGCACCUGA